ACCCCAUCAUCUUCCUCACCUCACCCCCUUCUAUCUCCCCUUCCCCUGCCUUUAUAUACACCGCCCUCUAUACCAAUUUUAUCACUCCUCUACUAUCUCACCACCACCACCGCCGUCUCUCUCUCUCUCUGUCUCUCUCUCAACAUGACAAAAGACGUGGCGGAGGAGGGAUCCUUCUCGGCGAAGGACUACCACGACCCACCACCGGCGAAGUUCAUAGACGCGAAGGAGCUGACAAGGUGGGCUUUCUACAGAGCUCUGAUAGCGGAGUUCGUUGCCACCCUUCUCUUCCUUUACAUUACUGUCUUGACAGUUAUCGGUUACAAGAGCCAGAUCGACAAGGGCUCCGACGCUUGCGGCGGCGUUGGUGUCUUGGGUAUUGCGUGGGCCUUCGGUGGCAUGAUCUUCGUUCUUGUUUACUGCACCGCCGGUAUCUCCGGAGGUCACAUCAACCCAGCCGUGACCUUUGGUCUCUUUCUUGCUCGUAAGGUCUCACUACCUCGAGCCAUCAUGUACAUGGUGGCUCAGUGCUUAGGAGCCAUUUGUGGUGUGGGUUUAGUCAAAGCCUUCCACAAGACUUACUACACUAACUAUGGCGGUGGUGCCAACGAGCUAGCCGAUGGCUACAGCAAAGGCACCGGCUUGGGUGCGGAGAUCAUCGGCACCUUUGUUCUUGUAUACACCGUCUUCUCCGCCACCGAUCCCAAGAGAAGUGCUCGUGACUCCCAUGUUCCUGUGUUAGCACCUUUACCCAUUGGGUUUGCUGUGUUCAUGGUUCACUUAGCCACGAUUCCCAUCACCGGAACUGGUAUUAAUCCGGCGAGGAGUUUUGGAGCGGCGGUUAUUUACAACAAGGAGAAAGCUUGGGAUGAUCAAUGGAUAUUCUGGGUUGGACCCUUCAUCGGAGCAGCCAUCGCCGCCUUCUACCACCAGUUUAUCUUGAGAGCCGGUGCAGCCAAGGCCCUUGGAUCUUUCAGGAGCAGUGGCCAUGUUUGAGAUACGGAUGCAUUGUUCGCAAAAAGAUUGGGGAAAAAAUUGUUUAACUGUGGAUGAAAGUAUGUGGUGUUUUGGUGUUAAGAGUGUUUGUAUGUCUUGUUUAAGGUUUUAUUGCGAACCAUGGAAAUGCAAUGUAAAUUCUUUUUUAGGGGUACCCCUGCCCCUCGUGUUAUUCUUGCCACUUCAGAAACUUUGUAUUUACUCAAAUUAUUUCCAAGUUUUUUCUGUGUUAUUGAGAAUGUUGUCUUAUGUAAGAAUUAAAUGUUUAAUUCUGAGAAUCUUACUU